AAGAUGCGGCUCUGGGGAGCAGGACACAGGCUGCGCUGGACCCAGCGAGGCGGGGACGGGAGCGCGGGGAGCGGGACGGCGCGAUUCCUCCUCGUCUUCAGCUGCCUGGUGCUGUCAGUCUUCUCCACCAUCCACGAGCACCAGAAAUUGGCCAACCAGUGCCUCUUCAUCCUGGAGUUUGUCAUGAUCGUGGUGUUCGGCAUGGAGUACAUCAUCCGCGUCUGGGCUGCCGGCUGCUGCUGCCGCUACCGGGGCUGGCGGGGACGCUUCCGCUUUGCCAGGAAACCCUUCUGCGUGAUAGAUUUUAUCGUCUUCAUCGCCUCGGUGGCCGUCAUCGCCGCGGGCACCCAGGGCAACAUCUUCGCCACCUCGGCGCUGCGCAGCAUGCGCUUCCUGCAGAUCCUGCGCAUGGUGCGCAUGGACCGGCGCGGCGGCACCUGGAAGCUGCUGGGCUCCGUCGUGUACGCCCACAGCAAGGAGCUCAUCACCGCCUGGUACAUCGGCUUCCUGGUGCUCAUCUUCUCCUCCUUCCUGGUCUACCUGGCUGAGAAGGAUGCCAACAUCCAGUUCGCCACCUACGCUGAUUCCCUGUGGUGGGGCACGGUCACCCUCACCACCAUCGGCUACGGGGACAAGACGCCGCAGACGUGGCUGGGGCGGAUGCUGGCGGCCGGCUUCGCCCUGCUCGGCAUCUCCUUCUUCGCCCUGCCCGCCGGGAUCCUGGGCUCUGGCUUUGCCCUCAAAGUGCAGGAGCAGCAUCGGCAGAAGCACUUUGAGAAGAGACGGACUCCGGCGGCAAACCUGAUCCAGGCUGCCUGGCGCCUGUACUCCACGGACGCCAGCCGGGCGUACCUGACAGCCACCUGGUGCUACUAUGACAGCCUCCUGCCUUCCAUCAGAGAGCUGGUCCUAAUGUUUGAGCAUUUGCACCGAGUCCGCAACGGAGGAUUUAGGAAUUCAGAGGUGAAAAAAUUGCCCGAUGGAGCCCCACCACCUUAUCACUCCUUCACCCCUGGCCAGAAAAGCAUCAGCCCCACCCUGUGUUCAGGGGAAAGCAACAAGAUGGGCAUCAAGGAAAGGAUCCGGCUGAGCACCCCACAGCGGCAGGGCAGCCGUGGCAGGCAGCCCCUGGGGCCCCCCCUGCACCGCUCCCCCAGCACCGAGGACCUCCCCGAGGCCUCCAGCCCCACCAAGGUGCAGAAGAGCUGGAGCUUCAAUGACCGGACCCGCUUCCGUGCAUCCCUGAGGCUCAAGCCACGGACUCCAGUGGAGGCUGACUGCCCACCAGAGGACAGCGGUGAGGAGAAGAGCUCCCACUGUGACCUGACCUUUGAGGACAUCAUGCCAGCAGUGAAGACCCUCAUUCGGGCUGUCAGGAUCCUGAAGUUUCUGGUGGCCAAGAGGAAGUUCAAGGAGACCUUGCGUCCCUAUGAUGUCAAGGACGUCAUCGAGCAGUACUCGGCUGGUCACCUGGACAUGCUGGGCAGGAUCAAGAGCCUGCAGAUGCGUGUGGACCAGAUCGUGGGCAGGGGAGCCCUCACCACGGACAAGAAGAUGCGGGAGAAGGGGGAGAAGCUGGCACUGGAGACGGAGCUGGUGGACGAGCUCAGCAUGAUGGGGCGUGUGGUCAAAGUGGAGAGGCAGGUGCAGUCCAUUGAGCACAAGCUGGACCUGCUGCUUGGCCUCUACUCCCAGUGCCUCCGCAAGGGCUCCAUCAACUCCUUCAGCCUGGCCACAGUGAAGGUGCCGCCCUGCGAGCCCGACAUCACCUCUGACUACCACAGCCCCGUGGACCACGAGGACAUCUCGGUCUCUGCCCAGACCCUGAACAUCUCCAGGUCGGCCAGCACCAACAUGGACUGAGCGGGGAGGCAGCGGGACGGAUCCUGCCAGCGUGCAGCCGGUGGGAUGGGAUGCUGGGAUGUGGGAGCAGUGUGGCAUCACCCGGCCCCGUCUGGCCGUGUCCCUCACCAUGUUACUUGAACCAAGUCUUCCUCUGUGGGGGCACAGAUGCAGUGGGGUGGGAUGGGAGCCUGUGGUACUGCAGAAUGGCCACACCACAUGCCUGGGAUGCUCCUGCCCUUCCCAGGAGGUGAGACCCCCUCAGCUUCUGGGGUCUUGAGUGCUCCCCAGUCAUGGCAGGGAUGCUCUAGGCUGGCCCCAUCCCCUGGAGUUUGGUACCCCCAGCCCUCAGGACAUGUCCAGCUCCCCAGCAGGGUCCUGCCUGGUCCCCUAGCCGGGGUCACCACCAGCUAUGCAAGGCUCCAUCUCCCCUCUGCUGCUGGGGCAUGACCUGGUGAGGUUUUACCUGCAUCUCUCUGGGUCCCAGCAGCAGUAGUGCAACCCUGGGCAGUGGAGUGGGGGGGUUUGUUCCCCCUCACCCUCCUCUGCCUGGGUUGCUUUCCUGCUCACAGGGCUGCAGUGCUGCAGCCAUGGCUGCACCUCUAGAAGCACAGCAGAGCCUUCUGCCUGCCCGUGCAUGCUCCCGGGCAAUAUAUAUAGGAGAUAUAUCUAUAUAUAUUUAUGCAAUAAUGUCUUAAUAUGCAACACCCUCGGGAAGAGCAACCCGUGGGGACACAGGCAAUAAGCAAACCCCCCUAACAGCACACAGGGCUGGAUCCUGCUGCCCAGGGGGGCCACCUGGGUGGCCCAGGAGCUCAGGGCUGGGUGACAAAUCUUUGUCUGACAGUGGCCUGGGGGCUGCAGAGGACAGAGGGAUGCAGGCACAGGAAAUAGGGAUAAUCCCCAAAGAGCACCCCUCCCUCUCAUGUUCCAGCCCCUGCUCUUGCUUAGAGGGUUCCUUCCUGGCUGGGUCCUGCGGUGCUUGGUUUGUCCCUCCCUGUGUCCCUGUCCCCUGGGGAGCAUGGGCUAGGCCUGUGGGGUGACUGCCUGGUGGGGACAGAGUGGUGUUGGCCAUGUUGCCUUGCAUGUGCUUGUGCCAGGGCCACAGCAGCUCCUGUGCUGCCCCCCACUCCCCUUUGCUGCCC